UAAAAGGCAGCUGCUUGUAUGAAUGUUUAACUGCUGUUUCUAGCAGAGAAGUGACCACAUAGAGGUUUCCUCGUUGACUCGCGGUUUAUUGGUUACAUGUAAGGGUAAUAACCAAUAAAAAGUCACUUACGCAUAUAAAGUUUUGACAUGUUAUACAUCUAAUUUUCUUUAGUUUCAUAUUAUCGAUAUUUAGGGGAAUUUUGUUUCAACUAUGCAUAAUUUAUAGCUGAAUAAAACACGACGACCGAACUAAAUUCAUAGCCAAGCAGCUAUCAUCUACUCACCUUUCUAGGCGUUUCAUUUCACAACUGUCAUAUAACAAACUAUAUAUUUACAUAAUAAAUUACUCAGAGGUACUUUCACAGUUUAGAGACAACCGGUAACACUAUAUACAAACUAGUGUGGACAUUACUUACGUUUCAGAUAACGAUACGAAAUUUGUAACUAAUUCAAAAGAAUUUUUUUUUUUAAAUUGACAAAUUUUACUUUUUUAAAAAGAACGCUUCUUCAACAAAAUGUGAAAAAAUGAAGAGACUACUCUGAAACAUGAAAUUCCUUUUGUGUCUUCAUGGCGUAUGAACUUGUAUUUAACUCAUGAACUUUACUUUAGCCAUGUUAUGUUAAGAGCAUUACUCACCUGAUAACAACACAUAUUUGCACAGGACUCAUACUCUAAUGUCCAUUUAACAAGUGUAACAUCUGACACUCGAAACUGCAGGAACCAAUUGAAUAUAAAGAUCAAUAAACUGAUCAAUAUUUUAAAUAUAUCUGCAACACAUGAGUACUCAAGUGAAAAAUCUAUAAAUGAAAUUUGGAAACCUUUUAUGAGCUUGGUUUGAGUGAAUAUUGUUGCUGACAGCCAUAUACCAUCAUACCAUCAUGACAGAAGAGAAUACUAGAAAGAGGAAGUUUUUUGUACUCAAUCUUAUCAUUAGAUUAUGGUGUAUCAUAACAGUCAUAGUCCUUUGGGUCGUCAGCAUCAGAUUGCUAAAACGUGAUAGGACGAGGCCAUUCGCUAUCUCAUGGUAUCUAAUGUCUGCAACUGUAAUUGCAACCAUCUUAGAAUGCAUUUGGAUUAUGAACAAAAUGCCUUGGUGUCAAGAGAAUGGUUGCUGCUACUGUGUCUGCUGGAAAGUAGUAACAUUUGUGAGUAAAUGGAAAAAAGGAAUUCUUUACAUAGUGAUGUCUUUACCGACUUUCUGGAUCUCUAAAGACACUACUGAUGGUCAAAUUGGAGGUUCAAUGCUCCUAAUUGCAGGAAUACUACUAAUUUUUAGAAGCAUAUUUUCAUUAUUCUUUCGCGAAGACUCAGAAGAGCGUAAAUACUUUUUAAAAACCAAUCCUGUCCAUGUUAAAAUGGUAUCACAUGAAAUCUCUACACAAACUGAAGACUCAGAAUAUUCAGCUUAUCAUCAUGAUGUUGAAAGCCAAAAGAAAUGAGAGUAAAUAUGUGUAAAUUGUUUCGUGAAGUUUGUUUUCAAAAGUUGUACAAAUAAUAAAAAAAAUUUUUUAAUUUAAACUUGUUC